AUGGAAACGGAGCCGGCCCACCCCACCCGCCCGGCUGAGCAUCUCCUGGUGGUGGAGGGCACCAACAACAGCGGCGACGGCGCCGAUGCCCAACGUACGCCCAAGGAAGGGCCGCUUCAACAGGGCACCGGCAAAGGCAAGAAGAAGGAAGAAGGCGAUGCUGCGGUAGUGGCAGCACCCGAAGAAGAGGGUGUGCAGAUGGAGGAGGAGGACAAGAAGCAGAGGAAGAGGAAGAGGAGGGAGGAGAAAGAGGGAAGGAGGGAGUGGAGGCGGGCGCUGCGGGAGAAGGAGGAGGAGUACUGGGACGCCCUGUACGAUCGGGGCCGCCGCAUGGUGUUCGGCAUGGGCCUGCCCCACGACCCACGGCGCGGCAUUCAGCUCCUCCGACGUGCUGCGCGUGAGGCUCGACAUGCGCCGGCGCGGUGGGAGCUGCAGUGCCUGAUGGCAGUUCAGCCCUUCGGCGACACUGCCAGCAAACCCGUCGGCCUCACCGACGACUCGGAAGCCGAGGCACCGAGCGAAGGCGACGAAGACGGCGACGAAGUGGAGGCAGAAGAAGAAGGCGACGACAAACGCCACACUGGCAGCAGCACCAAUAAGAAGACGAAGAAGAAGGAACGAGGAAUGAAGGAGCGUGAAGAAGAGGAACUCGAGGAAGAAGAUCUCAAGUCGAAGAGGAAGAAGAAGGGCAAAGACAAGAAGAAGAAGAAGACGAAGAAGACGAAGAAGACGAAGAAGACGAACAACGGGGAAGCAACAGAGAUCAAGAAGGAGAAGAAGAGAAAGAAGCACUCGAGCGCGGGCAGCAGCCGCGGGAGUCUUCAGCGCGAGUGUGCCGAGGUCAUCAACAUCGGCAGCACGGCCGCUGAGAGUGCUGCUGAUGACGACGACGACGACUGGGAGCAUAACAGCGCGGAGGACGAGGACGGCGUCGAGCUCGACGAGAUUACCGAGGCCGAGUUCCGGGAGGUCAUCGCGGCGAUCCAGCGGGUGCGCCUGACCACCCUCCAGCGACUGGGCCAGGCCCGCUCGGCCACGCAGGCCCUCAAUGAGGCAGCCGCGGCGCGGCUGAGCGGCUUCGGCGACGUGGGCGACGCGACCACGGGGCGGCACACCUACGCGAUGGACUGGGACAAGGCCGUCAAGGCCUAUCGGCGCCACGUGAGCCUAGUGGUCGUCGACAUCGACGGCGAGGCGCCCGCGCAGGGACCGACCACCACCACUGCAAGCACCAGCGAGACGAAGAGAACGAAGAGGAGAGACAAAGCCACCACGCCGGCGUGGCGAGGGUCGAGGAGGAUCAACCCUCGGUGGGAGAAGAUCGCGUCGUACAACCUGGGCCUGUGCUACUUCAACGGCGAAGGCAUCGCGCAGAACAUCACUGUCGCCGCGCAGCUCUUCCAACGCGCGGCCGAUCUGGGAUACAUCAACGGCAUCAACUCCUUAGGCCUGUGCUAUUACCGAGGCCAAGGAGUGGAGCUCAACAUCGACAAGGCGCUGAGCCUGUUCAAGCUCGCCGCUGACCGCGGCUACGUGAUUGCGCAGUACAACCUGGCCAACUGUCUGGGCACCGGGGCCAACGGGAUCUACGAAAAGAACCUGACCACCUCGGCCUGCCUUUAUCUUCGCUCCUCCUCCCAGGGUGAUGUGGCCGCGUUCGCGCAUCUCCUGGCCAUCACCAGGAACCCGCAGUACUUCGGGAAGAAGGAGGUCGAAUACGUCUGCUGGGAGGAGGGCCUGUUCGGGCGGCAUUCGUGGGAGCGAAACGAAGGCCGGCGAGAGGCGAGCGAACCCCAGGCGGAGGAGCGACAGACGCAGAAGAUAACGAAAAUGAAAACGAAGACGAAGACGAAGACGAAGAAGACGAAGAAACAGACGAAGAAGCAAAAGAUGCAACUCCAGUCGUCGCUCGAGAGAACGGAGGCCAGAAGGAGCGACGACGGGCGAUUAGAGAUGAAGGGCGGUGUGGACAGCUCGGAAGCGGAGGUCGUUCGAGCGAACGCGGCGCACACGUCAAAAGCGAAGAAAAAGAAGAGCAAAAAGAAGAGGCCAGCGAAAGAGGAGAAGAAGCGAGACAGCCGAAGCAGGGCGAGAGCCAAGGCCAGGCGCAGGCUCGAGGCGGCGGAGAAGGCGGCGGAGGACCGACGCGGCUGCCUGCCCCAGGAGAUCGUCGCGCGGAUGUACGAACGACGCAACACCUGCGUGCGACCCGAGUGCGAGCAGCAGUUCUGGGGCAAGGGCAGGGUCAUGUGGAAGUUUCCGCUCUUCCUUCCCUCACCGUCAUCGUCGUCAUUAUCGUCCUCUUCUCCGUCAUCUUCGUCUUCGUUUCCGGCUACAUCGACAUCGACAUCGACCAUGGCGCCCACGCCGUCGUCAGCAGCGCUCGCGUCGGCCCCGCUGCUGUCGCUGCUCUCGCCGGCGGCAACGGCGCCCGGCUUCGGCUCGGUGGAGGAGAUGGCCACGCGCUACCUGGUCUACUUUGAAGAGGAGGAAAGAAUAGAGGCCACCACUGCCGACACCGAAGGCGACGGCGACAGCGGUGACGCCAACCGCCAGUCAGACCCCAAUGGCGUCACAGGAGACAACGACAACGACAGCACCACCAGUCCAGCACCACCACUGCCGUCAUCAUCACCACCCGAGGGGAAGGUCAUGUGGCGGAAGCUGCUCCUGCCCUUCUGCAGCGUCCACUGCAGUCAGCUCACCACGACCAGUACAUGA